UUUAUCACCAUUGUAGGAUAGGCAGCCCGGUGAACUAAGCUCCCGCUAUGCGUGGGGUCCGGGGAAGGGUCGGACCACAAGGGUCUUUCACCAUUGUAGGAUAAAUCUUGAAAAUGGAAAUUAAAAGAUUGUGUAUGAGAAUUGAGUUUCCUUAGUUACUCGUACUUGUUAUUUUUUACCUGAAAGUUUUAUUCAGCAAGAUUAAUUUUACUUAUCAAAUCCAGAAGAUAUGAUGACUAUGAACUGUAAGAGAAUAACCAGAUAAACAAGAACGAUAAGAGUUCCUUUUUUUCAUGAGCUAAUUCAACUAAGACAUUUUCGGAUGAGGAAAUCAAUGAUUUAAGAAAGAGUUUCCAAUAAAUUAGUGAUGUAAUAUUAUGUAAACAAGAAACUGUUGAUUUAGUAAUGUGUUAACAAGAAAUUAACAAGAGUGAGAUUAAAUGGAUCAAUCAAAGUAAAUAACAGGAAUGAGUUCCUCAAGUGGCCUUAGUUGAGGGGCAGGGGUAGAAGCUCAGAUGUGAGUUCUGCCGAACCCAGUAACUUUUGCUCAAACAGUGUAUUUGUGUUAAGAAAUUCUUUAAAUAUGUUCAGUUAUUAACACUUGACUAAAAUUCAGAACUCAUAAAAGUGAAAUCCUAGUUGAUCUAUAAACUCCGGUCGUAUCACAAUAUAACAGAACCUUCUGAACAUAAGCUCAUAAAAGCUUCACCUCCAAAAAUAUAGAAGGGCCAAAUCAUCAAAACCUCCUUGAUAAAGUCUUCACCUGGAUUGCAUUUUAAAAAGUCAGCAUUCCAAUCAAUUCACACACUGAAAUCUUCAUUACCAUCAAGCUACUGCUAGAAUCAUAAAAGCGAUAUUAAAUUGUACCAAUACGGAGAUGAUUUACACCACAAGUUCUCCCCCUUCUUUCUCAGCUGUUAUGUUCCCUUCUUUCAUUUCUUGACCUGGUGCCUUUCACCUUCCAAGAAUCAUUUGCAGCCAAGUGAUUAGUGUAUAGGCACAUGCCUAUUUCUUUCAACCCCGGACCCCCACACUUUUGACUAUAUUUCAUGGAGAUGGAAACAGUAAUCCUCUGAUCAUUUAAAAGCUGCGCGCAGCAAUCCGAAAGGCUAUCUAUAAGUUCUAAAAACAGCAAGGGGAGAUACUGGAGACGUGUACUCUUCUCUGUAUCCUACAGGCUAAAUGGCAGGUGAACCAGUUAAUAUAAAUGAAUUUGAAGAGCUAGCUAGGCAAGCUCUUCCAAAGAUGUACUAUGACUUCUUUGCAGGAGGAGCUGAGGAUCAGUAUACACUAAAAGAAAAUACAGAAGCAUUUCGUAGAAUCACUAUUCGACCAAGAAUGCUUGUUGAUGUGAGCAGAAUAGACAUGUCAACUGUUAUACUUGGUAACAAGACGUCGGCUCCCAUUAUAGUUGCCCCAACUUCCUCACAUCAAUUGGCACAUUUUGAAGGAGAAGUUGCAACAGCUAGAGGUGCAGCAGCAUGUAAUGUAAUCAUGGGAUUGGCAUUUACGUCUACAUGCACAGUGGAGGAGGUUGCUUCAAGCUGCAAUGCUGUUCGCUUCCUUCAAACUUUCGCUUUCAAGAGAGAUAUAAUAGAACUUGUGGUAAGGAAAGCUGAGAGCAGCGGAUUCAGGGCUAUAAUUCUCACUGCUGAUACUCCAAGACUUGGAAAAAAGGAGGCUGAUAUAAAGAAUAAGAUGAUCGCACCUCGGUUGGGGAACUUUGAAGGUCUUAUAUCAACUGAAGUUGUUUCUGACAAAAGCUCAACUGUUGAAGCAUACACUGCAGAAACUCUUGACCCUUCGUUUUGCUGGAAGGAUAUAGCGUGGUUAAAAUCAGUUACCAAGUUGCCAAUUCUGAUAAAGGGCAUUCUCACUAGUGAAGAUGCAAUCAAAGCAAUUGAAGCAGGAGUUGCAGGAAUUAUUGUCUCUAACCAUGGAGCUCGGCAACUAGAUUAUACUCCAGCUACUAUUUCUGUUCUUGAAGAGGUGGUCAAUGCUGUUCAAGGCAAAGUUCCAGUUCUUCUUGAUGGAGGAAUUAGGCGAGGAACAGACAUAUUCAAGGCCUUAGCACUUGGCGCAAAAGCUGUUCUGAUUGGUCGACCGGUUAUCUACGGCCUGGCCGCUAAGGGAGAGUCUGGGGUAAAGCAAGUAAUUGAAAUGCUGAAGAAUGAACUUGAGCAGACAAUGGCUCUUGCUGGCUGCUGCAAUGUGAAUGAUAUUACCAGAAGCCAUGUUAAGACAGAAAAAGAAAGUUUCCUUAGUAGGAUGUAGUUUCCAUACUCUGUAGUCUGUACCUUAAAUAAAUGGACUGGCCCCAACUCAACAAUAUUGUCAUAUCUUGCUUUGUAAUAAUCUUAUGUGUGCAGAAGCAUUAUCAGUGCUUGUA